UUAAUCAUCAAAUCAGUGUCCUCAUUUUAAAGCAGCGACUGUCAUCCUCCAUUUUGGAUUAAUUUGAAAUAACGUUACGUCAUUUUCGCGUUCGGAUUUUGAAAAGUUAAAAUGGCGAAUGUCGGUAAAGUAUUGGCUACAAUAAAAGCUGUGAUUACACGAUUAGUUUUUGCUUGCCACGGGAUUAUUGCAAUAUGGCAAGUAACGGUAUUUAAAGACGACAUAGAGUACUGGUAUUUAGCGUCGCCUAUAAUGUUGUUAAUUUUCGAAGGAGUCUUUACUUUAACGAUCAAGGAAAAUCAAGAAUGGAAAUGGUUCUGUCCGUCAGUGUUCAUAUACCUCGGCCUGGUGGUGCCAGCGAUCUGGCUGCUGGAGCUGCACAAGGUGGAUCUCAGGCUGCAGAAGAAGAUGAUCAACCAGACCUAUGUCGAGACGGACCUCCCGAUCCCCGGGGCCACCAAGAUCCCCACCGACAUGUGGGUGACCUUGAUCGAGCAGUUCCUUAUGCUCACCCUUAUUGUGGGCCGGUGGCUGCUGCCCAAAGGAGAUCUUACCAGAGACCAGCUCAGUCAACUGCUUCUUGUUUAUAUAGGCACAGCAGCAGACAUAAUAGAAUUCUUCGACUCCUUCAAAGACGAGAAGGUGGCUACAGAGAAGGUGCUCGUCCUUCUAACCCUGGCCAUCUGGUCCUGGUCCCUGAUGCAGUUCACCGUCGUACUGACGGCCACCAAGUCCAGAAAGUCAAGGGGAACAGCUAAUAGGUCUGACAUGUAUGUACGUAAAUGUCGAGCAUGUUGCUGUUCUAUCGAAGUGUGUGCUAUUAUCAUGAACAUAGCGCUCCAAGAUGCUCCGUUCUUGGCGUUCCGACUCCUCAUCAUCUGUCAUUACAAGAUCAUCAACUACAUGAACAUAUUCUUCACUUGUAAGAAUACUUUGGUGAUCUUACUGCAAAUAUACCGACUGUAUGUGCUACACCUGGAGACGGUAGACGAAGGGAACGGCGGCUCCGUCUACAGGAAGAAGACAAAACAUAGGAACCCUGACAGGAAAGAAAAGGAUAAAAAACAUAGUAAACACAAAUCGAAGAAGCAUAAGAAGAAACAUGAGAUCGGCGAGACAUCCAUUUCAGUGAUCAGUGAUAGACGCCAUGACAGGGGCGAUGCCGGCCGCAUCAGUUAG